CCGUGAUAAACGUUACCCCCAGAAAAAAGUGACGGCUGCAGGUGUUGUAUCGCACGCAACAGCCUUGCCAAAUUGGCUUGCUUAUAUAAGAGCAAUAGGUCUCAACAAGUUGCUGCACACACACACAUACAGGAAGAAAGGGGUAUAGGUCAUUUGCAGAGGAGCUAGCUUUUUUUGUGCUGGUAGUGUUGUGAGACGCUCCUGCUGCUGCUGCUGCCGCCGCCGCCGCCGCUCGACCGAUCGAUGGCGAUCAAGAGCAUGACGGUGGCACCGACGACGACGCGGUCGCUGGACGCGGACAUGACGGUGGACGAGUUCAAGGAGUGGCUGCGGCGGUUCGACACGGACCGGGACGGGCGCAUCAGCCGCGAGGAGCUGCGGCGCGCCAUGCGCGCCAUCCGCGCCCGGUUCUCGGGGUGGAGGAGCAAGCAAGGGAUCAGCUACGCCGACACGGACGGCGAUGGCUACAUCGACGACAGCGAGGUGGACGGCCUCAUCGAGUUCGCGCAGAAGAACCUCGGCCUCAAGAUCGUCGCCUACUAAUCUUCGCAUCCGGCAUGAGCUUGCUACGGCGGGCGGCGGGCGCUGGCUCGCCGGCGACAACUCACCAGUCACCAUCACUCUCCCUGCUGCCGGCUAAAAUAAGAACGGCUUCAUCUAUCGCUUGUCUGUUAAAACUUGCUUUCUUUGUACUUAGUCAAUUCGAUCAUGGCAUCAUGCAUAUGCACUAGCUCUAUGUGUCGUUGCGUGAUCUAUGUACGGUGUGUAUGGUACUCAUGCGUGGCAGCCUGCCUGCCUCGGCUUGCAUAGCCUAGCUCCUCCGGCCGUGCCAUGCAUGGGUGCUGUGGAUGUUAAUUUGCUCCAGUGAAAUUGACAGUAUAAUGCUUGACCAUCCCGUGUACUCCCGGCAAAAUAUUUUCCUAUUUUGAGGAUAUCAUUCAGUUA